CCGGCAGAGCAAGGAGGGGGGAAAAGCAAGCUGCUCUUGGGCAAGAGUUCUUUUCACUUUUCUCCAGGCUCCUUUCUUGUCCCCUUCUCUGCUCAACUGGCAUGGAGAAGCUUGUGCACCUCAUCUUCUUGGCCUUCUUGUCAGCAUCCCGUGCUGCAGACAACAUCACUGUGGUGUACGGAAUGGAAGGGGGCACCAUUUCUGUCAACUGCACCUAUAACCCCUGGCAGCAGCGGUGGAGAGAAAAGAGCUGGUGCAAGCAGACAGACGAGACCAAGUGCCAACACGUGGUGAGCGCCCGACGCUUCUGGCUGCCAUUCCUAAAGAACAGGAAUGGCACCACCUCCAUCAGUGACAAUGUCCGUGAAGGGGUCCUGACAGUGACCAUGAAGCGACUCAGGAAGCAGGAUGCUGGGUUGUAUCAGUGCAAAACUGACUACCUGGGGGAAACAAAUACCUUAAGGAAGGUGCAAGUGGAAGUGCUGACAGCUGUCCUGGAGACCCAAAUGCCAGAGGAGCCUAGUGCUGCUGUGCAGCGCAUCUCCAGCAUCUCUCCUGAAGCUGAUUUCACUGUCUUCUAUAUCAUUGCUGGAAUCCUGGUUACUAAGUUCAUGGUGGCUGUGCUGAUGUUUAUCAUUGGCAAUAGCAGGAAGAACAGAGAAAGAGAGCAGAAGAACCCAGCCCUGAAUGAGCAGCAGGUCCUCCCUUUCACUGGUGACCUUGCACAUGAUAGAAUCAGCCCCUCCUGGGAGAGCACUGCUUAGAGCUAAACCAAAGGGAAUCCACAGGGAAACGAACAGCAAGCAUUUGGAGGCAAAGCAAGAAAAGGAUCACCUAUUAAACAUAGGUAUCGCUGAACCUAUCACUCUGGAGAGGGAACAUUGCCAUCUACCACCUCUUCUCAUUGGCGCUGACCAACUUUUUCCAACACAACUGAGCUGAAAAGAUGCUGCCGGUGACACCUGAACCUAAUGGAAGAGGAUGGGAUCGAGGGCCAUGGGGAAAGGAGGAAUGUGAAGCCUUUCUGUGAAGAGAUCCAGAACAGACUUACCUAUGCACAGAGAUGCUUCCCCCAGGCAUGGUAAAGGUGAGAGAGCUCUGCUCAGUUUUCCCCCAGCUCAUUGCUAGGCCAGAAAAAACUUUGCCACUCCAUACUCUACUGGCAAAUGCUUUGUUAUAAAUGAAGCUACAGAUACACCAGUGAACAUAAAUAGAACUUCAGAUAACACAUCUCAAUGACCAUGUGUUAAGCAAUUCACAAACACAUCCACAUAAUGUAAAAAUGGGAAGACAUGGUUCUGUCUCAAAUCUCCAGACACUUCUCCUGAUUCAUUGAAGACCGGUCUUAAAGAACUAAUAGCUUUUUUCAAGGUGUCCUGCAUGUCUCUACAAAACGCUCGAAUGCUUCCCCCAAAAGCAUGAAAUAUCACCAGAACUAGAUGUUUUGUAUUGAAAGCUAAUAUUAUUGUCUAGAAAUCAGCUUUUUAACUGAGAUUCCACUUUCUAAAGACUGAAGCUUUUGACACACUUUUAGCAAUGCAAUGCUCUGCUAUCAUCACCGCCACACCACCAGGCAGAGUUAUUCCAGAUACUCAUCCCUAGUAUCAUUCCACCAGGGUCUGAACUGAGACCCAUCAACUUCAUGUCAUCUCAGAGCAGUGGCAGGUGAGAGAUUCUGUCUUUCCAAGGUGAUGAAGAGUAGCUCCCAAAAACUGCCUUGGACAGUGUGGAUGCUUGGUGGAAAGGUGUAGGGAACUGCAGAACGUAACAGGAAGGGAUGUUAAGACUACACGCAGCUCUGAGCCUGCUUCCUCAUUUCUCAAAUGACUUUGUGAACAAAGAAUGAACGGUCUCUCGGUAUAUUUUCUACCCUCUCAAGGGGAUGUUACCAAUAUGUCAUCAUUGUUCAUCACUCCCCAAAGUGAAGCUGCAUUUAGCUCUCCCAGGAAGACCCCACACCCAAGGGCAUUCACACUUCUUUUCCCUGCACUGCCUGCAAAGCUAAAUAAAAUCAAACUGAUUAUCUGACUUAGUGUGGAUUCAUGAUAAAGAGCUGCAGUACACCACAUCAUGAUACAUCACCCAGAGAAGAGGAACACGCUGGUGUGUUUAUAAUGUACAGAAAUGCUCUGAGCCAGCUGGGCAGAUUGGCACAUGCAGCCAGCUAUUUAGCACCACACAGAAAUGGCAGCUCAGAUCCUGAAACCAGAUCAGGCUAUGCAUGGUUCUGCUCUGUCUAAAUUAAUUUCCUUUUUUUCCAGAGGGUAAUUUAGCUCAUACACAGUCGCACACCACUGCAACUGUACUAACAUAAACCUAGCUUCAGUAUUCCCAGGUGGUACCGU